UAGAUUUCCAUAUGGAGUUGGUGUUGUUUCUGUUACUUUUAAUCUGUUCUCUUACAUAUUCUCUCUCCGAAAAUCUUAUACGUCGCUUUACUUCUCGCCUGAAAUUUUUAAAGGCCGAUGAUGGUGACAGUAAUGAUGAUUGGUGGUGAUGAUGAUAAUUAUGGUGUUGCUGAUGAUGAUGAUAGUGGUGGUAUACAUAGUAGUGGUGAUAGUGUGAUGGUGAUUCUAUAUUUUCUAACUGUAGAAAUGUCAAGCAAAAGCUCCAAAGACCUGGACUAAAACAACCUGCAAGAGAAUUAAUUGUAAGUAGAAUACUUCAAUCCUUUAAAGUUUAAAAUGAUUUCAGUAUUUUAUUAAAAUCUUCAGUUCACUUUGUCUUUUCAUUUUGAAGCUGAAUGAUCUUGAGAGACUUAGAGAACAGAAGGAUCAUAUUCUGCAAAGAUUACAGGAACUUGAUAAACAAAAAGGUUAGAUGGUCAUGCGAUGGUUUUCACUGGACCUCUAGGUAGAACAGUUUAGAACUGAUAGGGCUAUCCAGUAUAAAUAAAGUUAGUUUAGUUUAGGUUUUCUCCUGUAGUAAUACUGGAUCAAUAAGAGAUGAUCCUUACUGGACCUCUAGGGAGAACAGUUUAGAACUGAUAGAGCUAUCCAGUAUAAAUAAAGUUAGUUUAGGUUUCCUCCUGUAGUAACACUGGAUCAAUAAGAGAUGAUCUUACUGGACCUCUAGGGAGAACAGUUUGGAACUAACAUCUAGAGCUAUCCAGUGUAAAUACUGUAGUUUACCUUGACAAAUGUUAUGGAUAAAUCUUGUUGGUAUUGUUUUAGAUUCAUGUGAGGAUGAAAAUCAUGAAAUGGAGACGGAACAUACAGUCUUGGAUGGCACAUCAGAAGAAAACUCGUUGGACAAAGUUCUUCAUUCUGAAACUCAUCAAGAAACUGAAAUCGAGAGACUUGUACGUUUGGGUGAAAUGACGCCAUUUGGUAGUAAAGUUGCAAGCUAUGGUGAUAAUGAUAGUGUAAUUGAGACAGACCAGUUGAAACAUACUGGCAUAGAUGGUACUAAGCAUGGUGAUGAUACUGGCAGUGCAGAUCAGAGUGGUGGUCGUCAUAACAUAGGUGACAUUGGACUCAGUACUCUGAAAAAUCCGGUACCGAAUAAAGAUGAUCCACACUUGACAUUGGACUUUGAUGGCAAAGCAAAUAUUCGUGUGGUUGACAGUGAUGAAGAUUAUAUUCCUGAUGAGGAGGAAUUAAAGCUUAGCUUUAGAGAUGAUGAACACUUCUUGCCUAAGGGUGACUCAGUUGAGCCUAUGGAUGAAGUUACCAUAGCAACCAAGAAAACAAGAAGUCCGAAAAAGAAGGUUGCUAAGAAAACUAACAGAGUAUACCAAUCUGUGAAAGACGAUGGUGAUGACAGGACAUAUCAAAUUAGAAUUAGGUAUGGUCAUGAUGCACCCUUGCUUGUGUCAAUUUUGUAG